ACACACGGGAACAGCUCGCGGAAGCUGCGAAAAGACACACAGAAAGAGAAAGGUAGAGAGAGAGACCGAGGGGUAGAGAGAAGAGAGAAAGAGAGAGAGAGAGAGAAGGAUACAGAAAGAAGAGGACGGGAUGCUGCUGGGACUCUUUUUGUGAUGCUUCACCAACGUUGAGUGAGUCUCUCCGUUAACGGGAAUGAAGGACUACUUCUGCGGCACGGAGAAGGGAAAGGCUGGGUGUCCGACAUUAUAAAGCUUCCAAGAAAACAACAAAAAAAGACAACAUUUUCUCUCCCUCUUAUUCUCUUCGUUUCCCUCCUCUUCCUCUACCUCCUCCAUCUCCUCUUCUUCUUCUUGAAGAGGCUCGCGAGCCGUUGCGCGCGCCACAGGGUGCCUUCCAUCGCCUCUUGUUUGAUUUUUUUUUUUUUUUAAUUUUGACUGCUCGCGAGGCUCUGCGCGCGAGGCACCCCCCCAGGAGGGAGCUGUCCGGUGCUGAAGUUGCAAUUCUCGAGGACUAAAAUUGAAGACGCUGAAAAAGGCUGAAACUGAACAUAAAGACGCUAAAAUCGGGGGUGAACUAUUUUCUCUGAACGACUCUUUGCUCGCGCUUCCUCCACAACCUGACGACAAUCUUCCUCCGGUUCGCCUCCUUGUUAUUGUGUUAACAGGCGAAUCAGCACGCUGGCCAGGCCGCCGGCGUCUUGCUGUGUUUGUGAGUGUGUGUCGUUGUGUUUGUGACAGUGUGUGUGUGUGUGCACCACCAUGCCAAGGUCUUUCCUGGUGAAAAAGGUGAAACUAGAUGAUUUCGCCACCGGGGCGGAUCUAGAGAACGCCUACCGGCACCGGACAGACCUCAGCCUGCGGCUCCAUGACAAAGGUAGGUCAGACUGACAAGACAAGCUGCAUUAACAGGUGUCUCACCAACGAGUAGAGGAGGAGGGUGGCGGCGGGGAAAUAAGCUCAAAAUCAUGUCUCAGGUGGAUUCUCCUGUCUUUGGAUGAGACUCUCUGACUGAGGUUGGGAUGAUGUCAAACUCACCCAAAUGGUCGACUCAAAGCUGCAGGCACUAAACCCUCAACAGAGGACUACCAAAAUAACCACCAAUGGACAACAAUUCACAAUAGAAUCCAAUUAUUCUUUUAUUCUCUUUGUAUUUCCAUUUGGACAACUUUUCUGUUCCAGAUUCUCCAUGUAAAAACUCACACAGAGCUUUAUUUGUAGGUAGAAGAGUGAUGAACAGCCUAUAAUCAUUGACUACAGCAGAGUUAUCCCAUUGUUACUUUCCUUUUGUGAAAUAAAAACCCCACAGCCUCACAAUAAGCAGCAAAACAAGUCAAUCUGCAUGAGUUCAAAGACUGAUUCUUGUCAGAGCACUUCAGAGAAAGUAGAGCAUGCACGUGCAGGAUGACGGGUGAUGGAUGAUGGACACACACACUCACGCACAACAAAACUGCCAAUCCAAGAAGGCACUAACUCCCUGCAGCUCUGUGUGUGUUAGCACACCACAUGAGCUGACACUUUAUUUACUGUGAGGAGAAAAGCUGCAGCUCUCACAGCUAAAGCUUGAUUUGAAGUAUUUGGUUUUCUGCAGGAGUUAGCUGAGUUAACUCAGGAAAUCAACUAAACCCAGAGUCCUGUGUUUCAUCGAUUCAGGUUCACACUCAGCAGAAAUGGAGACUGUUUAUCCAUUUCUGAUCCACUUUGACUGUAGUUUGUGGAAUUUAAGCUUGGCUAUGGUCAUGAAGAUAGGGGGGGACAUUCUUCUAAUUUUCAGACAGGAUACAAACAGACUUUUACCAACAAUCUCCACAUACAACACCAAUAAGAAGCCCUUUAGUUAUCCUUUAUGUAACAAUGCAGUGUCCAAAGCAUGACCCAGAGGUCCAGUGUUACCUGACUGCCUAUAUCUGACAUCAUGAGUGUUAUUUUACCUCAUGUCCAGGUACACUUCCUUCCCCCUUUUCUUAUCUCAAUGCACUGCUAUCCUGGUUCCAACUGUGAGCACAAGCCCACAACUUUGUCCCCCUUUUCUCACUUAAUAAUAGAAGUAAAAGCAACAGAAUCUAAAUCCCAUAAAGCUCCUUUUUAUCCCAGGGGUGUCAUUAUUUCUCGACUGCUGAUGACAUGCACCAUAACUUUGAAAAAGACAGUUUCCCAUUCAUCGUGAAGUGCUGCCCUGUGCUCUUGCAGCUAUAAACUCCAUGCGUCACAUUUACUUUAAGCGGUGUAAAUUAUUCCACUGCAGCUCCUAUCGUCCCAGUGUCACUAACACGUUGUUGCACAUCGACCUGCGUUCAACCUCCCCUUGCAUUUCUGUUCUUGCGAAGUUUAAAGUGUCAGUCAGCGUGUGUUUCUAAUGUGGGGGUUAACAAGCCCUGCUGCUCGCGCUGACACGCGAUCUGCAGCAACAGCAGCAGCAGCAACAGCAGCAGCGAGCAACGGGUGCCUGUCCCACCGGCCACCUUUUGUCUCCAUCCCUUACGUCUGAUGCUAACAGCUCAAUGCGGAUUGUACAGAUCAGCUCAGCAACAGCAGGAACAAGCCCUCAGCUUUUGGAAUAAUUUAUGUCCCACCCGUGUCACCCUCACGUGUGUGUGAGGGGGGGUCAUGUGUAUUCAGAUGGGACGCUGUAGCAGAUAAUGUCUGUUACUGUGGCACACGUGCAGUGUCUGACGGAGCUUGUUGCUUUUGCACCAUAAAAGAUGAUAAAGAUGUACACCUGUAGAUACACUCUGGGGAGAUACUGUGAAAUGUAAUAAUGCACAUGAUGAACUACCUCUCUUUUCUUCUACUUUUUUUAGAGUGAAAAAUGUUAAACAAAUGCACACUUUUACAGGUAGAGUGUAAAAAACUUUUGACUUUCCCUUUAACUUUGAAUAUUGUGCUGCAGUUUUUACUUGGUGGUCAUUCAAAGCAGAUGUUUCAGCAAGUCUGGACAGGCAAUGGGCCUGUAUUUUCUGUGCAGGUGUUAUUUCUAUUAUGGAGAAAAGGUGACCAAAGUAGCUGUUGUUGCUACUAUUGAUGUUGUGUCACAGGAUGUAUGUGUUUUUGCUGGCCUGCAGGGAAGUGGAGUCUGCAUUUAAACGAUGCAGCUUUCACUAAUGGAGAGUAUUGAGACCAUCAGCUUUGACAGCUCUGUGGAUUUGGUAGAUUGAAGAUUUUAUUCAAACUAUCAGCUCACGUAGGCCAGCUGUCAAACUAAAACAGAUUUAAAUUAGAAAAGUGAAACUAAAAAGAGUGAGUGCUGUCUCAGGUUAUCAUCAUCCAGCCUUCUUUUACAGUAUAUCUGUUGUUCCUACCAGUAGAUAAUGCACGGUCUUAUUUCCCCGAAGUCUUGCCUCGCAGGCUUUAAACCCUGUCCUCUAUUAAAAGAAAAAGUGAAGCCUGUACAACAUCCUUACUAUCGCUGCAUAAAUGCCUGCUCCACACUGGAUCUGUCCAUGGUGCUGAUGCUCAUUUUCACACUCAAGACAGCUUUCUGGAGUUCAGGGGCAGUGUGUGUGUGUGUGUGUGUGUGUGUGUGUGUGUGUACGUUUAUCUAUUGCAGACGAAGCAUUUUAACUGUAACCUUUGAGACCUGAGAGGGGUUUUAUUGCUAUUUAAUCUCUGCACUAAUUCAGGCUUAUUUUCAGUUUCACACUCCACCACAGGCCACAGGUGUGAAGAGGAGAGACAGAUGUUAUGUGACAACAGACUUUCAUAAAGUUACUGUUGAAAGCUGGCAGCUCAUUCAAGUUUUUAACAUCAGAAUCUUAGACAACUCUUACUACUUAUAUCUCUUCUACUGCAAAAAGAGACACAUCUAAAACCACAUAUUGAACAAAAAUAACCAAAAAGUGCUGAUGAAGGACCAGGUUUAUGUGCAUUUAUUAUGUAUAUUUGAUUGUGACUGUGUUUCUACCUUUUUUUAAAUUUAAGAUAUAGAAACACGCCACCUGUUGUGUCAGCAAUCUUGUUCAAGCAUAGCACUUAGUAAACAACUUUAUUGUGUUGAUGCAUGGCUAUAUGAACAUGUGUAGUCUUGUUUGAACAAACCAGCUGUUUGGAAUAUUUAUGUCAACCUAUCAUGUCUGAUUUCUAUAGCAGUCAGUGAACCCUGGCUGUGUGCAGACGCAAAAACAAAACAACAUGAUCAAUCUGUCGCAGCUGAGGUAUAUAAGUAAUAAAGAUGUAAACACAACUCAGUAAACUGUUAUUUUAAUACAGACACAGCAAAGCUGGUCAGUGAACUGAUUCCUGUUUAUUGUCUCUGUGAAGACAGAUAAGCUGGAGGAAAGAGGACUAUCUGAUUUCACUUUAUUCUUCCUGUCCAGCUGCAGUGGGCUAAUGGCGUUAAUCCAAACCCUUAUUUCUCUGUUCGACUCUCAUGUGCAGGAGUGCAUGUCUAUUCUAAUUCUUACUCGUAUAUAAACUGUCUACCUUUUUGCCUUUCAAGAUGGCUCUCAUGGAGUAUGUUUCUCACAUGUUUUAAGUUACAGUAGGGCCAAAUCUGGCCCGUGGAACAAUUAUAUGUGGUCCACAAUAUCAUAUCAUAUUUGUAUUAUUAUUGGCCCACCAGUAUGAAGUCUGCAGAUUUCCUCCAGUAUAAUAAUGUAAACUUUAGCACCAUUAUUUAAAAUGUUCUGAAUAAACCACAAAAAUCUGGGAAAUUAAAGAGUAAGGAAGAUUUGAUAAAUAGUCAAGAAUGUGGGGGAAAAUAUUAGAUGUUUUAUAUCAUGUUUUCAAUUUUGCAUUUCAAGAUUACAAGUCAAACAUGAUUGGAUUUUUUAUUUCAUGCUUUGAUUUUGUUCAACUAAGUAUUUAGACUUUUGUCAUUUUUAUACUUUAGAUUUAAAUUUUAAACUUUAAAUCAUAUUUUGACCUUUUAAACCUGAUUUCAACUUUCUCCUCAUGUAUUUGCUCUUUAAAAGCAAAUUUUUUCUAUGCUCUGAUCUUUUGAACUAAUAAAUAAAAAUAGAAUAAAAAAUAAAAAUAAAAUAAACUUUUCUAUCUCAGAUUGCCUUUAAACUUAUCUUUUUAUCUUCUUUGAAUUUCCAAAUGAUUUAUAAUCAUUGCUGUUUUUGUUGCAUAUUUUUUGAAAAGGAGGUUGACAGUUUUGGCGAAAUGUUGACCCUGUUUGACCCUCAGGUUAGACCUAGAUCCAGAUUAUGGCACUUGCUGUGGUUGAGUUUGACACCCCUGACAUAGAGGACAAAUAUUAAGGAUUUGAAGAAAUUGAAUCUGUGCAGAAUAUUUCUGAUACUUUUAAAAGUUUUUCUGUAACUUAAUGUUGUUUUUCCUUUUUCCAUGCCAGCUGGCUACAUCAGUGACUACAUCAGCCCUGUUGUGUAUGAUGGAGAGAGCGACAGUGGGAUCAAGGUGCCCUCCCCUGACCCCCUCUACGAUGGCAUCCACAGUGACUAUGGGGCCCCUGACUCUGAGUCCCCUGACAGUCCUGGCUCUGAAAUCACCGAUGGCUACAUCAAUGGGGACGCUGCAGUGAGCGAGGGUUACACAGUCGACGCCUUCUUCAUCACCGACGGCCGCUCGAGAAGGAAAUCUCUCGGCAGCCCCAGGACCAUCCAGAGGCACACCUGUAACGAGUGCGGCAAAACCUACGCCACGUCUUCCAACCUGAGCCGGCACAAACAGACACACCGCUCGCUGGACAGCAAGCUGGCAAAGAAAUGUCCCACCUGCGGGAAGGUGUACGUGUCCAUGCCUGCCAUGGCCAUGCAUCUGCUCACACACGACCUCAAGCACAAGUGUGAUGUGUGCGGGAAAGCGUUCAGUCGGCCUUGGCUUCUGCAGGGCCACAUGCGCUCACACACGGGGGAGAAGCCAUUUGGAUGUGCCCAUUGUGGGAAGGCCUUCGCAGACCGCUCCAACCUACGUGCUCACAUGCAGACCCACUCGGCCUUCAAGCACUUCAAGUGUAAACGCUGCAACAAGACCUUCGCGCUCAAGAGUUACCUGAACAAGCACUACGAGUCGGCCUGCUUCAAAGGCCCCUUCUCUCCUCUAGGCCCCCUAGAUGCAUGACCCCUUACACCGAUAAAACAAGAGACCAAACUGCAGACAUGAAUUACCAAUAUCUUUACACUCUAAACUGCAGACACAAACAAUCUAUUUUUGCUCAGAAUAUGACCUUGCCUCCCCUCCUCCCCCUUUCACCCCUUCCCCUGCCACCUCGCUUUCCCUUGGAGCCUAUUCAUGAAGAUGAAGAUGAUGAAGAUAGCACAAUUUUUUCUCCUUGAGAUUUGCCCACUUAAGGAUUUAACUGAACUACGCAUGCACUUCCUCAAAAACUGAUCACCUCCUCUUUCUCUGUCCAUCCUGGGUAGAGACACUAAUACUAACACGGCUUCUUCCUGGCAUCUAGAUACAGAGUGGCAUCGGUUGUUUUGGAAGAGAGAUGAAGAUGAGGAUGACGACAAAGACAAUAGUAAGCCUAUCACUACUGCACUGAGAUGCAGUGAAAGAUUUUUUUCUUCUGAAUUUGUUUUUUGGGGGAAUAAUAGUAAUAAUAACAAUAGUAAUAAUAAUGAUAAUAAUAAUGUUCUGCUGCACCAAGUGACCAUAUUCUCUCCACGACUGAGGUAAAAAAAAAGUUUUAUUAAUUUAUUUAUUUAUCUAUUUAUUCUGACAUUAUUUAUUUAAUUAUUUGUAUGUUUUUACUUGAUUUGAUAUGAAUUGAAAAGGUUAACUUAUUUGUUGCACUUUAAUUUCUAUGUAUGUACGUAGGAUAUUUGCCAACCUCUUUCUAUCACAACAGGCCAAAGCAUAUGUCACUUUUUUUGAUUAUGAUUUUUUUUUUCCAGUUAUGUUGUUUACCUUUUUCUUAUUAAUGUUAUUGCAUGCAAAAAAAGAUAAUGAAAUCUAUGCCAACAUCAUAAAAAGCUUAUGAUUUUUGCCAAAAUCCUAUAGAUAGAAACCUGAGGGCAAUAUUUUUUCUCUUGGAGCCUCCGUAGGACUCUUUAAAAGCAAUAAUCACCUAAUGCAUGGUAUUUUAUGAUGAAGUUAUGAAGUAUUACCUACUACUGUAUAGCAGUCUAAAAAUCAGGUAUGUUUUACUUCACCUAUAGUCAUAUACAGAAAAAACUAAUAUUACAGACAUCAGGGAACAUGCCAAUGUAGUGUUAGAGCAACAAAAAUAAAAGUCCUGUCUUUCCUCUCUUGUUAUGCACUGCCUGCCUCUUAGUGAGUAGAACUAAUGUAGGAUGUAGGCUAGAGAGAGGCUGGGAUCAGCUGCCUGCUGGGUGUGAGGCCUAAUGUAGUAUAACUUUAACCCCAACAGAGCUGCGCUAGGCUAACGCUGGCAUUAAAUAAGCCUAAUAAUAAUAAAUAAGAGAAGCCUAAUUUUGAAUAAGGCGUUCAAAAUUUUUACUCUCAAAGGAUCAUUGGCCAUAAAUGAAAGUUUAACAGCUUUUUUAGGGUUUUGAGACGUUUAAAUGACACCUGUGUUUUGCAGUGAUGUAACAACAACUCACCUUCAAUAGGAGAACUGUCUAAACUUUGUCCAGAUACAAACAAACCAAUCUCUUUUGAAAAAAGACUCAUGCCAAGCUUAAAUUAUAGUCAGCAUACUUAGUAUUUAGCAGCUUUUUGUGUAUUUUUAGCAGGAGACCUGAACAAAGUUUGGUGCACUGUUGAAACUGCAGCCUGGUCGACUCUGAAUUCAAUGCAUUAUUAAGCUACUCUCCUAGUGCACUUUCAAACCAUAAGUGUGCUUUCUUAAACCACAGAAAAAAGCAUGCACUUAAGCUGUAUGGUCCACUGCAGCUGAACUGUUACAGUCCAAUACUCUCUCUACACUAAGUCCCUUUGGAUCUGCUGUAGGCCUCAUUCAACCCCACUGGACCAACCAGGGGCUAACUUUCUAAGUGAUACACCCACAGACAGGCUAACUCUAAUCAACCCCAACCCAGAGAUGGUUUGACCUUUAACCUAGGCGGCCAAUACCAGUGUUGCUGAACCCAGUUCUCUGCAGCUCAGAAACCUUUUCUUCAGAUUUACGGGGCUCCCUGAGAGACAGACUGAACACACACGGUCCUGCACAGAAUACAGAGGGCUUGUUUGUUUGCCAUAUGUAUCCGUUGUAGCUCUGUUUAGACACAAAUGUGCACAAGCGCAUGCACACACAAGUGCAUAGUAUCUGCUGAUUAGCUUUUGUGGAGGACACACAAGGAGAAUUUUUGUCAAGCUUUCAACAAUAUAAUGGAAACAGGUUUAAUAUUCAGAUGUGAAUCUCUGACUAUAGAAAAUUUUGUAAUUACAGAGCUUCCUCAGGCAUGACAUUACUCAAUUAGAGAUGGGGUUGACUGAAAUCCAACACCAUUUAGGGAUACAGGGACAAAGAAACUCCUGCACUGACACAUAGACCAACUACUUGGUUUCAUUUCUAUCUCACAGAUAAAGUUACAAGACUUGUUGGCAUCACAGGCUGUCAGGGGACUUCAGAUCUGGCUGUAUCCUGGAGUAAAACAGAAGUAGAGGUGUAAGUUUGUACAUCUUUAGAAAGAAAGAAAGACUGUCACAUUUCCAAGAAAGAGGCAGUAUUUGUUGUGAGUGGAGUGUGUGAGUCAGCAAAUUGCAGGUCUUAUUGGUUCCCCUGAUGUGUGAAGAUUUGAGCCGCAUUUGUUUGAAAUGUUUCAGAUGAUUAGUCAUAGAGCUCCAACUUACCGGGGUUUCAGUUUUUGUAUUCGUCUUUUUAUCUUCGGACUUUAAGCCUCGGCUAAAACACUUACAGCAGCCAUGCAUACAGAGUAGGUAAAAUGUUGACUUAGGUGCUUUUCUACAAAUGCAAUUCCAAAAUAAGAGCACAAGUGUGGCAAAGAGACCAGGGAGAAUAUGCAGCCAAAAAAGGCAUUAGCUUCAUCCUCCUUCGCACUGAUUCCUGGUAUAGAUACAUCUUUUUAUUCCAAACACAGACUGAAAAUCUUCAACAGUAUUAUCACAGUUUUUUCUGUUCAACAAACCGCUUUACAUUUUAACCAAUCUUAGUAAUGAAUUGUUUGGUGUAGCGGUAGUUUGCUAGGCUGAGUAGCUAUGAGUCAAAAGGCUUCUUGAUCAACAGAGAGGACCUAAGUUUGGCGUGCAAAUUCAGCGGCACCACAUGGCUAACAUUUCGUUGAAGUGGACAAUAAAUUAGUAGUGCUCCACAUCAUUGGAAACCUCGAUUUUCACAAAAAUGCCUCACUGGAGCUCCUCAGUCAGCCCCACUUGAGACAAACAUUAGAGAUUGGCCUGACCUGAAUAAUGGCAGAUGUAAAUCUCUAUAACAGAGAGCAGGGCCAGAUGUAUCUGUCAGAGCAGAUGAAACAAUACACAGAUUUGUCGGGUUUCCAGGCUACCUGAGACUAUCUCCGGCUGUGGUGACUCCAGCUGUUGUUUACGUGUCACAAACAGUAUCACCGCGCAUUAAACCCCUUUGCAACUUUGCACUGCAGUCUUCAAGUCCUGAGGGUAUUCGGCUGAAGUUGUUCUUGUGUAGCUGUUUGGUGGUUUUGAGGCAGGGGGGGCUGUGUGUAUGUUUGAGUCUGUCUCUGGGUGAGCUCUAGGUCUGUUCUCUCGAAGCACUUCCAUUCUAGUCAUCUCCACCUUAAAGAAAGUAGCACAAUGAAACUAACUAGAAUUCAGGUAGAGAAGAAUUAAAAACCUUGUACUAGCUUGACCUCUCUUCUUUUUUGUAUUUCUGAGUUAAAGGAUGAUGAUAACCUAAAUAAUCAUUUAUUGCAAAAGGGUUUGUAAGGAAUCCUUUGGAUUGAGAUGUUUUUACUGCUGUAUAGCGAUAUCUGACACACCUUAUCUCAGGAGGUUUGGCUCUCUGCUGCAGAGAGAGGAUCUCCUGGGGGUUUUUUGAGCCAGAAUACAGACAAUGUAAGCACAAUGAACACAAAGCAUUUUGUGGCACUUCAUAAUAAAGAAUAAUCUUAACCAACUGAGA